AUGAAAUCUGUGGCUUGCCCGUUUCUGACCAGAUUCUCCAUGUCCAACAUCCGCCAGUUCGCUCCCUUGUUCUUGAACUACGUGGACAGAUGCCCGGUGAUGAUGCAGACCUCUCGUCACCAGUCUAGUGGUGGUGGUGAUCUAGCCUCCCAAUAUCCUUUUGCUGACACGGAAGCGGAAGUUGGUAAAUGUCCUUUCCUGAACGAGACUGACGUCACCCUGAAGAAAACCAGCACUGCCGUAGAAGAGGACGCUAUCGGCCAUGAGCAGCUGAUCAGUCUCCAGCCCAGACCUGGUCAGCAGGUGGACAGAGGUCA